AUGACACAGCUCGCCUUGCCAAAUCAAUCACCUCCGGAACACCGCGAUUUUGAUGCUCUGUGGGACAACGUUGACAAGUCUGUCGAAGAGCCAGACUUUCAUUUUGACUGGCUGAGAACCAAGGACAAGCCUUCCAGCGAUGAGGGCAAUGGGUUGAGCAAUCGAUUAGCCGACCUCGACAUCAACAGUAUAUCAACCCGAACACAUUUGGCCGCGACACCGGCCUCCGCUUUAUCCAAGACCACUUCGAUGUUGAACACACCACCUUUAAGAAGCAACGCCUCUGACCAUUCAUCGUCAUCCUCCGCCCAUGUUCUCUCCCUCACCGACGCCUCCACCGCCUCUGCUUCCUCUAUGGUGCCUACACCCCCUGAUCACAUGUUUGCCUCCAGCAGUCGUUCCAUCGCAUCAAGCAGCUAUGAGCCGCUCGGCGGACCCAGCAAACCUUAUACCGGUAGAACUUUCCAAAGAGUUGUCUCAGCACCCUUAGCUCGUCGUAAAGUGGAUCCAGAUCAUCGGGAGGGUGUGAGUGCUUGUGCCAAGUCUGAUCCAAAGUGUCAACUGACUUGCCAGAUAUUGACGAGUAGCACAGCUCAUACUCAAACCGCAACAUUUCGAUCAGGACUAACUCAUACUUCCUCAGCAUCUUCCAUCAACCAAGAGAACACAUCUUCCACAAUACAACCCCGGCAUAACUUUGUCACUCCUGGUCUCACAGAACGUACAUUUGGAGCCACGUCAACGGGCAGACGGUUGGGAGGUUUGUCAAGAUUCGGACCACCCCGAAGGGUGAUACCCUCUGCCGAUGCGGAAGAGACCAUGGUAGACGCUGAAGGUCCUACCUACGAACGUAUCGGGGUUCUAGGGAAAGGAGGUUCAUCAAAAGUCUAUUCUGUUCUCUGCCCCACAAAGCGAAUCAUAUACGCUCUAAAGCGCGUUUCAUUGGAACGUGCUGACGCCGAAACGUAUCACAGCUACACCAACGAAAUCGAGCUGCUCAAGCGACUCCGAGGACACGAUCGGGUCAUCCAGCUCAUAGAUCAUCAGAUCACGUUUACUCCGUCUAAUCGACCGAAGAUGCUCAUGAUGAUUAUGGAAUGUGGCGAGAUCGAUUUUGCCAUGUUGCUGGAUGAACAACGUGGCAAGCGGCUGAAUAUGAACUUCAUCGGUUUGUACUGGGAGCAGAUGCUCGAAGCCGUCCAUGCUGUCCAUCUGCAGAAUGUGGUACAUACGGAUCUAAAACCUGCCAAUUUUGUCUUAGUCAAAGGUCGUCUAAAGAUUAUCGAUUUUGGUAUUGCAAAGGCUGUCGCCAAUGACACUGUGAAUAUACAGCGAGAUCAACAGAUCGGGACGGUGAAUUACAUGUCUCCGGAAGCGAUACAAAGAAUGAACAACCAGAAGGUAUUGAAGCUCUCAUAUCCUAGUGACGUAUGGUCACUUGGGUGCAUCUUAUAUCAAAUGGUUUAUGGUUCUCCUCCCUUUCAGCAUAUCGGCGGAGGUCCUUUGCCCAAGAUGAACACUAUCGCCGAUCCAAAUCAUCGGAUUGAUUAUCCCACAGUUUCCCUUCCAAAACAUGCGACGGGCACAGACGGCAAUCCUGUGGAUCCGAACACGCUGGCGGUGACCGUCAACGCAGCUGCAAUCGACACCAUGAAGCGAUGUCUGAUGUAUCGGAAAGAACAUCGUUUGACCAUCGAGGAGUUGUUGGAGCACGAGUUUUUGCGCCCGAAGACGACUGGACCAUCUCUUCCCGCCGGGGCGACGACGAUCACCAGUGAACAAAUGGCUUUACUGGUGAAUUUCGUUUUGAGAGAGAAUGGAUUGCCUCCUCCUGGUCCACAAGAUACCACUGCCGAGGAUCUGUUUUCUCAAUUACAAGCACAGAAUUCUUUGUCAAGAUGAUGUUAUGCUGUUUCUUGGAAGUCUUGUGCGAUCUCCUAACAUCAUAUCCUUGCAUGAUAUACGCAAUUUGUUCAUUUUUGGUGGUUUACUGGUACAUUAUGCAUCUGGUCUCAAUCCUCC